AUGCUUGCUCGGCUCGUGUGCGUGGUCGCCAUUGUGGCUGCCGUGGGGCUGCUCUCUCCAGUCUCAGCCGACACUGCCCACCCCCAUCACCGUCUAUCACACACAGUGACCAUCGAGUCUGGCAUACUUCCAGAAGCGAAGGCCUUUGCGCCACUGCGGCUUCGCGCUGGAGAAUGGGUGUACAACUUCAACCCUGGAGAGGAGGCGUUCUUCUUCGAACCCGAAGAUGCUGCUAAUCGACAGUGGCAGCAGUGGAAGGCGGACUUGGGUCUUUUGCAAGCAUAUCAAGAGAAGCAGCGUCUGAGCAACCACCCGGCUGGUGGUGAGAAGACAAAUACCCCGGACAAUCCGGGGGACACUGAACGGCGCGAGCCAGGCGCAUUGCCCAUUGCCGAGUACUUCUCUGAUCGAAACGUGCAGCGGCGCUACACGGCGAGGCUGAAGGAGCAGUCGCUCCACAACCUCAGCGAUGCGCAGGGGGCUGCUGAUGCUCGCAUGUUCGCGGAAGGCGAAAUAGCGACUAUGUGGCAACACGUUCAGUCGGCCGGCUCAAGUGACACCCGAAAUGAUCAGGAGUUCCUGGACCUCGUGGAGCGGCACUUCUCCCACACGAUCGUCAACACAAGUGCGGCGGCCGCAGCCACGGCAUCGUCAUCGUCUCGGUUUGCACUCCUUCGCGUCCCUCUAGUGCUUGAGGCUGAGGUGCUGCCGUUCAUGGAGCGCGAGGUGGCCCACGUGCGCGAUCUGUGGAAGUCCCGUCGCGCGGGAGGGGCGACGCCGGCGGCGUCGAGCGUGGAAGUCGAAUCCCAGCUGCAGCUCCUCUCCUCCGCCGUGGAGGACAGUAAGACGAUCGGGAGGGAGGUGGCGGCCCUGGUAGAACCUUUGGCAGAUGCAGCGAUCCGUUGGGUAGCGUUGACUCUCACGACGACGCGCGAGGCCAUUGUCGCGAACGACGAGUCGACGGAGGCGAAGCGAUUGGAGCUGAAACAGCUGCUCAAGGUGCAGUCUAGACUCCGGAAGGUGAAGCCGGUACUGGAGAAAUACAGCAAGGUGUACCAGAGAGUUCUGCGACAGGGACAGCUGCCGAACGCUGAGGCGACGCUCUUUGCGCUGCAACUCAUAGCCAAGCAGCGCUUUGGUGACGACGUGUCUGGGCUUUUGGAGGCGGUUCCCCUUCUGAGCACCACCGCGCCUCUUACCGGGCUACUGGAGCAAGAGUGGCGGGUGCACGUGCUAGCGCCGUGUGGGAUGUGCAUUGUUGUCACUGCAGCCCUCGUUUGGGUAUGCGAAGAGAUUAAGGAGAGGUUCAUGACUCGAGUGCGGGCUCGUCGGCUUUGCAUGCCUCUUGGAAUUCCCGCGUCGUCAUCGGGCUGCACGCGGCAGAUGUUCAUGCUCGUCUCGCUCCUUGAGCUCGUAGUGCCUCCGCUUCUCCCGGCUAUCGCGCUACUUGUGCACCUGCGCGGGGCACGAAUGUGGAUGUGGGGUAUGAUUGCCUUGAUGCGUCCCAGUCAGCGCGCAAUGUGCCUUGUGUCUGUGUCGCUUUUAAUGUUCUUGGACUACCUAGUGGCCAGGAUGGCGCGGCGUGUCUUUCAGAUCCUCGACCCCUCCGUGUAUCGCCGCCGCCUCGCCAAGAAAAAGUGA